CAGCCAGGACACAGAUUUUAUUUUCAAAGCUCCAGGACAGUGCAGCUGCAGGUCUGGCCAUGGGACCCCGCCCCAGCUCCCUCCUGGUCCUCGUGCUCUGCCUGGGCCAGACCAUCCACAUGCAGGAGGGGGUCCUGCCCAAACCCUCCAUCAGGGCUGAGCCGGGACCUGUGAUCCACUGGGGACAGCCUGUGACCAUCGUGUGCCGGGGCCCCGCUCGGGCUGACCUAUUCCGUCUGGAGGAUGAGAACAGAUCUGCCCAUGGGGAUGAGAUUGGGACACCUCCACGUGGCCCUCAUGGGACAGAGGCCAGAUUCCACAUCCAGGCAUUGAGUGAUGACACUGCCAGGAGUUAUCGCUGCCUCUAUCACAAAGGGCACAGCUGGUCUGAGCGCAGUGACACCCUGGAGCUGAAGGUGACAGAAGAAGACAUGUCCACUCCACCCUCAGUUCUGUCACCAGAGCAUCUUUAUAUUCUUGUUGGGAUCUGUGUGGCCUCUCUGCUUUGUCUCCUCCUCCUGGCCCUCUUCUUAGUCCACCAUCAUCGUCAGAAAAAACGUGGGCUCCCCAGCAGCAAGGAUGAGGAACCAAGGCCCCAGGAGAGGCUCAGCCCGACAGAUAACAUCACAGAGAGCCCAGCAGAUGUGGCCACCACAGUGGAUGCACUUCCUGAGGAAAAUGGAGACAUGCACAGCCCAAGUCCUGCUGCAGGAGACCCUGAGGAGGUGACAUAUGCCCAGCUGGACCAGUGGGCCCUCACACAGAGAGCAGCUUGCCCCGAGUCCCCACAGCUCAUGGAGCCCACAGCUGAGUCCAGCAUGUAUGCAGCCUUCCCCAGACACUGACUUCAGGACCACCUAGCCUCUGCACCUCGAGACACAGGACACCACCUUUGCAAAGGCCGGUAGCGGCCACUUGGAGGACCUCCUUAUUAAACUAUUUCCUUCCUGAAAGUCAUCAACACAUUUCUCCUGUAGGCAAGACCUGGACAUUGGGCACCCCUACUGAACAUGCAGGAGGUUCACUCACCAGGUGGCCCCUCCUACAACCCACCAGCUUGGUGAAGCACAGUUGUAACUCUUGUUUCCAGAGACCCAGCUAAUGUUGCCCAGCUGGUUUCACCACGCUCACAUUACCAGGUCAAACUGGCUGCCCCAUCAGGUUAAAAGGAUUCUUUACACUGAGAACCACCAGGGGGCGACAAUCACUUGUUAGCAAUAAUUUAGC